AGUGUCGGACAUCACUGAAACACUUUCACUUUGUCUUUUGUGUGUUUCUCCGUUCAGUUCUUUCUGCGGAUACAAAAACACGUGAAAUAAAGUUACACAAUAAUAUUUUUUACACUCUCUUCAUAACAAUAGCAAUGGGUGCACUUAUUAUUUUAUAUUUUCUCCUUUUUCCAAGUGUUGUGCAACAAGAGAAACACUCAAUCCAGCACCAGAUUGUGUACAGCGGCCUCAAGACAUCUCAUGACACAGUCUCUGGAUCUCUGUUGAGUGCUGUUAGUGUGUGUGAUGAUAGACAGAUCGCUAACUACAGUCAUAAUGAAGGAGACUGGAUUUCAAAUCAUUGGAAUUAUGAAAUCUGGAGAGAUGUUCCUGAUUUUUUUCAUUAUAGAGACUGGUUUCCAUAUGAUUAUAGUGACUGGUUUCUACAUGAGAUUAUUGAGUGGUUUCUACAUCAGAUUCAUAUUCUGUCAAACUGCACAAACUCCAAGUGUUCUGAGCUUCAUGUACUUCAGGGAAGAGCUGGAUGUGAGGUGGAGAAACGUCCUGAUGGAGAAAUCAAGAAUCUGAAGGGGUUUAAUGAGUAUCAAUAUGAUGGAGAAGAUUUUAUUGUCUUUAAUUUUAACACAACACAGUGGAUCAAAAAAAAUCCCAAAGCCAAUGAAACAAUACUGGAGUGGGACCAUCAAACAAUACAAAACCAAAUCAUCAAGAAUCAACUCAAGAACUGCAUGAACUGGAUCUCCACAUUUAAUAAUACUCAAAUAACUCUUCCAGAUGUUGAGGUGUUUGCUGUUGAAUCUCCUCAAGACCAAAACAAGUUGAUUCUGACCUGUCUGGCCACUGGUUUCUACCCCAAACACCUGGAGAUGAAUAUGAUGUUGAACGGCAUUAAACUGGAUCAUGUAAACUCUUCUGGAAUCAGACCAAACGGUGAUGAAACCUUUCAGCUGAGAAUCAGUGUGGAGAUCCACAGAAAUGAGACAGAGGGUUUUGAGUGUCGUGUCAAUCACAUCAGUGUAAAAGAGCCGGUUAAAAUAAAAUGGGGUGGAGAAUGCAGUAACUGCAGUGAAGCAUCUAACGCAGAUGUUACAGCAGUCGCAGCAGUAUUUGCAGCACUUGCAGUGUUCUUCAUUGUGAUUUUUAUUUACAUCCUUAUAAGAAAAAGGUCUAAUGGAAACGAGUCGUCAAUCCAUGAGAUGCUACUAAAUUCACUGACACUACAGAAACUAAAGAAAGUACUGAGUGAUGAUUCUGGUUCAGAUGAUGAAAUCUCCAAACAUCAAAGUAUGGACAAUUUAACAAAUGUUCAUGAGACUCAAAGCCUUGAUGACAUCAGACUGAAUCCAGCAGAAGAUCUCACAGCAGCGAGAGGUUUUAUGGGUUCAAAUAACUCUCUUCCGAACUUUGCCAUGAAGAGAGACUCCAGUGAUCCCCAUCAGAACACAGUUACCCAGAAUGCCCUGCUGUUAGCACCACAAAAACUCUGUAGAUCCAUUGAACUCCCGCCAAAACUCCGUCUAGACAGAAACGACCCCCAUCAGAACACCGUUACCCAGAAUGCCCUGCUGUUAGCACCACAAAGACGCUGUGCAUCGAUGGGUAUCCCGCUACACUUCACUCUAGACAGAAACGACCCCCAUCAGAACACCGUUACCCAGAAUGCCCUGCUGUUAGCACCACAAAGACUCUGUAGAUCCAUUGAACUCCCGCCAAAACUCCGUCUAGACAGAAACGACCCCCAUCAGAACACCGUUACCCAGAAUCCCCUGCUGUUAGCACCACAAAAACUCUGCAGAUCCAUUGAACUCCCGCCACCAAACUUGACUCUAGACAGAAACGACACCUCUGACUCCAGUUAGUUGAUCAUCCAACGAUUUAAACUACAGCGAUUAUGAAUUAUAGUUUAUUUCUGUGUGUUUACAUGUUCUUACACAGAUUAUUCUUCAUAAAUCAAUAAUGCAUAAGUUUAUAUAAACACUACAAACUGUGUUUUUAUCAGGGAAAGGUCAUAAACGUUCAUAAAAUCAUUCUGACGGCGUAUUGAAUGUGUGCAUGUUUAUGUUUUAACAUCAAAAUGAGAGAAAACCCCAAUCUCAUGUAAACACUAUUUUACUGUCAGAUUUUUAGAAUGAGCUGAUUUAUAUUUUCAUGCCUUCAGUGUUUAAUCUGUCUAUAUUUAUUGUUACUUUAUUAAUCCCAAUGCAUUAACUAAUGUUAACAAGUAUUAACAUAUAAGCUAUGGACUUUAUAUAAAACAUUAUAUUUUAUCACUGUAUGUAUUAUAUAUCCAUUACUUUUAUACUGGAGUCGAAGUUCUCCUUUACAACACUACUUAUUAUUAUUACUGUAUGUGUUUAUGUUUGUGUGUUUUUGUUUAAUGCAAUUUUACUUCGUCCAGUUCUCAUUUUACCCCAUUACAGAGCUGAUUUAUAUGUUCAUGGUGCUGCCUUCAGUGUUUAA